AUGGCGUCUAUCGUAUUCCGUUCUUCAGCAGGUUCGAAGAACUCGUAUUCUAAAAUUUUAAGUUAUGCUGCCGCCGUCGGAGGGGCUGCUACCGCUACCGCUGGUGCUUUAUAUUUACAUCAACAGCAGUUUGGUGGUAACAACAACAAACCUCCUCAGAAGAACAAUGGCUUGAAGUUCUUUGCAGCUGCUACUCCAGCUAAGUUGGCCCAAGUUUUUGAAGGAAAGACCGAGAAAGACUUUCAAGAGGUUUAUAACGCCAUUGCGCAAAAGGUUCAAGAUGAGGAUGAUGCGGACGAAGGAGCAGGUAGAUAUGGUUUGUUGUGCCGUUUGGCGUGGCAUAGCUCAGGAACCUACGAUAAGAAGAAAAACUCAGGCGGCUCUUAUAGUGGGUCAAUGAUUUAUUCCCCAGAGUCCACUGACCCUGAGAACGCUGGUUUGGAUGCUGGAAGAGACUUCCUCAAUGAAUUCCACUAUGAAUUCCCCUGGCUCAGCAGAGGAGACUUGUGGACCCUUGGUGGUGUCGUUGCUGUACAGGAAGCUGGUGGUCCAAAAAUCAAGUGGAGACCUGGAAGAGUCGACUGCUCCAAAUCAGAGAAGGACAAAAUCCCUGAGAACGGCAACUUGCCAGAUGCCUCUCAGGAACUGGGUGCUUACGUGAGAAAGAUCUUUAACCGCUUGGGAUUCGAUGACAGAGAAAUGGACGACGAAACCAGUUCAUUCAUGAUGUUGCCUACUGACAUGGUGCUUAAGGAAGACAGCAAAUUUCUUAAGUAUGUUAAGCUCUAUGCCGCUGAUCAGGACCUUUUCUUCGCUGACUUCUCUAAGGCCUUCACCAGAUUGCUCGAAAAUGGCAUUGAGUUCGCCAAAGAUACUCCUUACUAUGAGUUCAAGACUUUAGAAGAACAAGAGUGA